AUCGUAUCUCUUCAUCUCACUCGCCUUUAUUCAUUCAUCAAUCCCACCUUCUUCACCCUCCCCAUGGCUGAUGCCCUCGUUUCUAUUGUGCUGGAACGCUUAACUUCGGUUGUUGAACAGCAGAUUCAUGAACAAGUUUCUCUGGUUCCGGGUGUUGAAUCAGAAAUUCAAAGUCUCAAAAGCACACUCCGCUCCGUCCGAGAUGUUCUUGAAGAUGCCGAGAGGAGAAAAGUGAAGGAAAAAUCUGUCCAAGGUUGGUUGGAGAGGCUCAAAGACAUGGCCUACGAAAUGAUGGACGUGCUGGAUGAGUGGAGCAUUGCUAUUUUUCAAUUCCAGAUGGAGGGAGUUGAAAAUGCUUCCACGUCUAAGACGAAGGUAAGCUUCUGUAUGCCCUCCCCUUUCAUCCGUUUCAAGCAAGUUGCAAGUGAACGGACCGAUUUUAAUUUUGUCUCUAGUAGGAGUGAGGAGCGACCACAGCGACUUAUAACUACCUCUGCAAUUGAUAUUUCAGAGGUGUACGGUCGGGAUAUGGAUGAAAAAAUCAUAUUAGACCAUUUGUUGGGUAAGAUGCGUCAAGAGAAAUCUGGCCUCUACAUCGUCUCCAUAUUUGGGACGGGAGGCAUGGGCAAAACAACUCUUGCUCGACUAGCCUACAACCACCGACAGGUGAAGGCCCAUUUUGAUGAAAGAAUAUGGGUCUGUGUCUCUGAUCCUUUUGAGCCAGCCAGAAUUUUUAGGGAUAUUGUUGAAAUCAUCCAGAAAGCGUCUCCUAAUCUCCAUAAUUUGGAAGCUUUACAACAAAAAGUUCAAACGUGUGUCUCUGGAAAGAAGUUCCUUCUUGUGCUAGAUGAUGUGUGGACUGAAGACAAUCAAUUGUGGGAACAACUGAAGAACACCCUCCACUGCGGAGCAGCAGGGAGUAGAAUUCUGGCGACCACACGCAAAGAGAGUGUUGUUAAGAUGAUGAGAACUACGUACAAGCAUCCCUUGGGGGAGCUGUCUUUGGAGCAAUCUCGGGCAUUAUUCCAUCAAAUAGCUUUCUCUGAAAGGAGUAAUUGGGAGAAAGAGGAAGAAUUAAAAGAAAUUGGUGAGAAAAUAGCAGACAAAUGCAAGGGCUUGCCCCUCGCUAUAAAAACUUUAGGGAACCUCUUGCGCAUAAAAAAUAGCGAGGAAGAAUGGAAGUACGUAUUGAAUAGUGAAGUAUGGCAGCUAGAUGAGUUUGAGAGAGAUAUUUCCCCUGCUUUGUUGUUGAGUUAUUAUGAUCUGCCCCCUGCAAUUCAACGCUGCUUCUCAUUUUGUGCUGUUUUUCCAAAAGACUCGGUUAUUGAGAGAGAUGAGCUGAUCAAGUUGUGGAUGGCACAAAGCUAUCUCAAAUCUGAUGGGAGUAAAGAGAUGGAGAUGGUUGGGAGAACGUACUUUGAAUAUUUAGCUGCUCGGUCUUUCUUCCAAGAUUUUGAAAAAGAUACUGAUGGUAAUAUAAUACGUUGUAAGAUGCAUGAUAUAGUGCAUGAUUUUGCUCAAUUUUUGACUCAAAAUGAAUGCUUUAUUGUGGAGGUUGACAACCAACAAAUGGAGAGCAUAGAUUUAUCCUUCAAAAAGAUUCGUCAUAUCACCUUAGUUGUCCGAGAGAGUAUCCCUAAUUUCGUCUCCACUUAUAACAUGAAGAAUCUACACACCCUCUUGGCUAAGGAAGCAUUCAAGUCAAGUGUUCUUGUAGCCUUACCUAAUUUGUUAAGGCAUUUGACAUGUCUCAGGGCAUUGGAUUUGAGCAGCAAUCAGUUGAUUGAGGAACUUCCUAAGGAGGUAGGAAAAUUGAUACAUUUAAGAUUCCUUAAUCUAUCAUUUUGUAGAAAAUUGAAGAAGUUGCCUGAAACAAUUUAUGAUUUAUAUAAUUUGCAAACCUUAAAUAUUCAAGGAUGUUCCAGUCUUCCGAAACUACCACAGGCAAUGGGUAAACUAAUUAAUUUGAGGCAUCUUGAAAAUUCUUUUCUUAAUAAUAAGGGCUUGCCAAAAGGAAUUGGAAGAUUAAGCUCUCUUCAGACAUUGAAUGUUUUCAUUGUGAGUAGUCAUGGCAAUGAUGAAGGCCAAAUAGGAGACCUGAGAAACUUGAACAACCUAAGAGGAGAUCUUUCCAUUCAAGGGUUGGAUGAAGUGAAAGAUGCAGGGGAGGCAGAAAAAGCAGAAUUGAAGAAUAAGGUACACCUCCAAGAUUUGACAUUGGGAUUUUGUAGAGAGGAGGGGACCAAGGGUGUGGCUGAAGCUCUACAACCCCAUCCAAACUUGAAAGCUCUACAUAUAUAUUAUUAUGGUGACAGAGAGUGGCCCAAUUGGAUGAUGGGUUCAUCAUUAGCUCAACUGAAAAUACUUCACCUCAAGUUUUGCGAAAGAUGUCCAUGUUUGCCUCCUUUGGGGCAACUGCGUGUCCUCGAGGAGCUGGGGAUAUGGAAAAUGUACGGUGUGAAAUACAUAGGUAGUGAGUUUUUGGGAUCAUCAUCAACAGUAUUCCCAAAGCUGAAGGAAUUGGCUAUUUCUGGUUUGGAUGAAUUGAAGCAAUGGGAAAUAAAAGAAAAAGAAGAGAGGUCAAUAAUGCCAUGUCUCAAUCACUUGAUUAUGAGAGGCUGCCCAAAGCUGGAGGGACUGCCGGAUCACGUGCUCCAGAGGACAACAUUGCAGAUAUUGAACAUCAGAUCUUCUCCUAUUCUGGAACGACGCUAUCGAAAGGAUAUCGGAGAGGAUCGACACAAAAUAUCUCAUAUCCCGCAAGUCAAAUGUAGAUGCGACUGAAUGGUCAUCUCACUUCACCUCAUGUCGCUCUUGUUACAGGCUUCUCCAUUGAAGAGUAAGAGACGUUGAGGAAGACAACGGUUGGCGACAAACGGCGGCGGAUUGGGCGAUGCCGAAUUAUUCAUGGCAGUGAAAGGCGGAUUCUCCAAUGAUUAGUGCCGAGAACAGCUUCCGGGAUGGUGGUGAUGAGGCAGUAACCAGCCAUGGCGGUGGGUUUGGUUGUGGCGGGAGAUUUCUUCACCCAAAGGUCAGUGUUGAUCUAUUCAAAAUCAUAACAAGAAAACCCUAAAAGAAGAUCAAAGCCGGAGCCAGUGUUGGAUUACUACAUAGCACAGGGACAAAAUUAAGAAAAUAGAGAAAAAGGUCUUCAAUGAUUAAGAGUAUGGAUUAACCAAGAAAGCAUUGUCAAUUUCAACUAUUUUUAGGGGAAAUAGAAGAAUAUAUGAUGCCAAAUAAUUAACAGAAAAUAAAUAAAUCAGUAAUUACCGAAAUGUGUGGACUAUUCAGAGGUAUUUUUUUAGGGCAAGACAAUCGUAGAUGCACAAAGUCUACAGCUGCGUCAUCCGGAGCAAGCAGUCCGGCAGGGCCUCUAGCUUGGGGCAUUUCUCCACUGUCAAUGAACGGAGACAUGGCAUUAUUGCAACAUGGUAUUCUUCUUUUACUUUCCACUUUUUCCAUGCCUCCAUAAAAGCAAACGUCAGUUUCUUCAACUUUGGGAAUGCAAUUGUUGUGUUAUUGUUAUUGUUCCCAAAAAUUCAUGACCCACAUACUUGAAGGAAACCAUUCCCCAAAUGUCAAGCCCCUCCAACUGAGGUAGUUUUCCCAAGGAAGGCAAAUGGGUGCACUUUAUACUACCCUUCCAGCUUAAGUGUUGUCAAUUGGGUUAGCAAUGUGGUCAACCAAUUGGGGAAUUUGAUGUCAUUGUAAUGGUAUAUGCCUAAAGAUUUCAGGUCUUGAUGGGGUUGUAGGGCUUUAGCCACGAUCUUCAUCCCCUCUGCUGCUUCUUCCUUAUCUGUAUAGAAAUUCAAAUAUGGAGAUGCUUCUUUUUCUUUAAGUCUGCUUUCUCUGCCACCCUUGCAUCCCUGGCAUUACCCAAUCCACUUAUUGCAAGAUGCCCACAAAGAUUGUUCAAGUCUUGCAGGUCUCCCACUUUGAGUGAAUUAUCAUCACCGUCAUCACCCAAAACAGCAAUCUCUGCCAAUGUUCGAAGUGAACUUAAUCUGCCAAUUCCUUUGGGAAACACCCUUUAAAGAGUGCCGUCUGUUUCAAGAUGUCUCAAGUUUAUCAGUUUUCCCAUCCCCUGAGGUAGAUUCUCAAGACGCCAACACCGACUAAGUGUCAAGGUUUGCAAAUUACAUAAUUUGCACAUAGCUUCUGGCAAUUCUUUCAACCAAGCAUUAUUCGACAAGUUAAGAUACCUGAGAUGUAUCAGCUGUGCUAUCUCCCUGGGAAGUUCUUCAAUUGAGUUGUUGGCCAAUUCUAAUGUUCUAAGAGAUUGCAAACAUUGGAAUAUAUUAGGUAGCCCUUUAUGAAUAUGUAAGUUGCCUCGAGACAUAACUAAGAUAGUCUGUAGAUUCUCUAUAUUGAAAAUAGAGACAGGAAAGGGGCUGCUAUAUGAAAAUACUAUACUUGAAUGA